GGACAAUUUAACCUCACUUAUUUUGACACUACUUUCGUCAACAUGUUCAAUAGAAUAACAUUAUUUAUAUUUUCGAAAAACGUUAAAAACGCAAAUAACAACACUCGCUUGCUAUCACGAUGGGUUAGUCGAAAACCCGUUAGAGUAAUUUCAAGCGAAGAUUACAACGAAGAAGAAGAUGGUCCAAUAAUAAAACCACAAGAGCAAGAAAAACCAUUACUUCCUCGAAAUAGCAAACCACUCACGAUAUCCAAGAGAAGUCAGGCGCCGAAAAUAACAUUAGACAUGCUCGAGACUACUAUCGACGAAGCCGGUAAUUUUAUUUAUACUAAAAUGAAAGACCAGGACACAAGAGUUACAUCGAUACUCACUCAAAUUAAAUCGCAAAACGUAAGAGAUAAAAAAGAUCUAAUCCUACUCGAAGGCAAACGAUUAAUCAAAGACGCCCUCGACGCUAAUUGCAAACUCGAAUACAUAUUAUUUAGUAGAUUUAAAGAAGUGGAAUAUUUGAGACCUUCCUUACCUAAAGUAGGAGCGAAUUUGUACAAAAUGCCUUACAAAGAAAUCCAGAUGUGGUCCAAUCUAACAACAAGCCCUGGAAUCAUGGGGAUUUUUAAAGUUCCAGAUGUAGAAAACCACAUGCCCGCCAGAGACUCCAUACCUCUAACAGUAAUUUGCGAUAAUGUUAGAGAAGCCGAUAACUUAGGAGCAAUAAUGCGAACAUGCCACGGAGUCGGUUGCAAGGAAAUUCUACUAACCAAAGGUUGCGUGAAUGUAUGGGAUUCGAAAGUGCUUCGAAGUGCCUGCGGGGCUCAUUUUAAACUGAGGAUUCAAAAGCAAUUCGAUUGGAAUUGCUACGGCGAUUUCAUUCCUCCCAACAGCAACGUUUUCGUUGCUGAUAACCGAGUUAUUUCGUUGAACACGAUAGAUGAAAAAUACGAUGAAAUGGUGUUGAGGAAUGUUAUUAACUCUAUUCCAGUUAUUCCGUACUAUUCGGCGAAUUUUAGUCAGGCUGAACAUAACGUGUUAAUAGUCGGGGGAGAAACGGAAGGUGUGAGCGAGCAAUCGUACAAAUUAGUUUCCCAAAUGAAAGGUACCAGGUUAAAUAUACCUUUGGGUAAUGAUGUCGACAGUCUGAAUGUAGGAACAGCUUUAGGAAUACUUGUAUUUGAAAUAAAAAGGCAAUUUAUGUUAUCGAAAUAGGCAUUAAGUAUUAAAUUUUUAUUAUUAA